AUGGAAAGUGAAAAAUGUAGAAGUAGUGAAGAUAUGAAAAAGGAAGAAAUUGAUUUAUUGGAAAAUGAUUCUAAUAAAAUAAUAGAUAAUAAUAAUGUAUGUGUGGAUAGUAAAAAUUUUAAUGAAGAGAUGGAAAAUAAAAAUAAAUUAUUAGAUGUUAUAAAGGAAGGUUUGUCAGAUAUCGAAAAGACAUUAAAUGGUGAAGGAUAUGCAUUUAGUAACUUAAAUUGUAGUUAUAAAAAUAUAGAAUAUAUACCAAAAGAGAUAAUAGAAUAUAUGUAUUUAAAAUAUAUAGAUAUGUCUCAUAAUAAAAUUGAAAAUAUAUCAAAUUUAUAUAAACUAGAUAAUAUAUUAUUUUUAGAUAUAUCUUACAAUUUAAUAAAUAAUUUAGAUGAAAUAAAAAGUAUGUAUCUAAAAAAUUGUAUAUAUAUGAAUAUAUCACAUAACUCGAUUAAUAUAAUAAAAGAUAUAAAAAUGAAAAAUAUUAUAGAACUUGAUUUAUCUUAUAACAAUAUUGAAAAUCUUGAUAUAUAUUUUCCUGAAUCAUUAAAGAAAUUGAAUAUGUCUAAUAAUAAUAUUAAAAAUAUAUGUUUUAAAAAUAAAUUGCCAAAUCUAGAAUUGUUAGAUAUAUCUUCUAAUCCUAUUGAAAAUUUAAAUUUUUAUGAAAUUAUUCCAAAUAUAAAAACUUUAAAAUUAAAUGAUAAUUAUAGUUUGCCUAUUAAUAAUUUAAGUGAAUUAAAUAAUUUUAAAAAUAUUCAAUUUUUAGAUAUGGAAAAUUAUCUUCAUUUUAAAGACAUAUCAUAUACAGAGAUCAAACAAAUAUUAUUUCAAAAUACCCCAGAUGUAAUUUUGAAAAAGUUUAAUGGGAAUAUAAUAAUAAAAAAUGAAUCACGCCAUGAAAAAACAACAAAAUGA